CAUCAGAGUAUUCACACAGGAGAGAAACCCUUUGAAUGUCCAGCUUGUGGGAAAAGUUUUUGUGAUAAUUCCAGCCUGGUGAAACACCAGAAGACUCACACAGGAGAGAAACGCUUUAAAUGUCCUAUCUGUGGGAAAAGUUUUAGUGAAAAUUCCAGCCUGGUGAAACACCAGACAACUCACACAGGAGAGAAACCCUUUGAAUGUCCUAUCUGUGGAAAACAUUUUAGUGAUAAUUCCAGCCUGGUGAGACACCAGAGGACUCACACAAGAGAGAAACCCUUUGAAUGUCCUAUCUGUGGGAAACGUUACAGUCAGAAUUCCUACUUGGUGAUACACCAGACGACUCACACAGGAGACAAACCCUUUGAAUGUCCUAUCUGUGGGAAAAGUUUUAGUGAAAAUUCCAACCUGGUGAAACACCAGAGGACUCACACUGGAGAGAAAUCCUUUGAAUGUCCUGACUGUGGGAAACGUUACAGUCAGAAUUCCAGCCUGGUGAAACACCAGAGGACUCACACAGGAGAGAAACCCUUUGAAUGUCCUACUUGUGGGGAAAGCUUUUGUAAUAAUUCCAAAUUGGUGAGACACCAGAGGAGUCACACAGGAGAGAAACCCUUUGAUUGUCCUGACUGUGGGAAACAUUGCAGUCAUAAUUCCAGCCUGGUGAGACACCAGAGGAUUCACACAGGAGAGAAACCAUUUCAAUGUCCUAUCUGUGGGAAAAGCUUUAGUGAUAAUUCCAAUCUGCUGACACACCAGAGGACUCACACAGGAGAAAAACCGUUUGAAUGUCCUCUUUGUGGGAAAUGUUUCAAUAGAAAUUUCAACCUCAUAACACACCAGAGGACUCACACAGGAGAGAAACCCUUUGAAUGUCCUAUCUGUGGGAAAAGCUUUGGUGAUAAUUCCAGCCUGGUGAUUCACCAGAGGACUCACACAGGAGAGAAACCCUUUGAAUGUCCUAUCUGUGGAAAACAUUUUAGUAAUAAUUCCAACCUGGUGAGACACCAGAGAUCUCACACUGUGGAGAAAUCUUUAAAAUGACCAGUCUGUGGACAUUACUUCAAGCAUAAAUCAUCCUUUAUUGCACACAAGGCAAAAGAAUGCCAAAGAGAGCACUGUGGAGAACUGAAUCACAAGCAGCAUUAAAAGGCAGAGAAAACCAAGGCAGCAAUCAAAAUCUUGUUAGUUCCUCCGGAAAUCCCCAAAAUUCUUCUUCCUCCCCAGCAGCUUACAGACAAGGAGGACAAAACCAGGAAAAGAGUUUUGAGCUGGACAAAAAAAAUAGAGUAUCUGGAAGAAACGUAUCAAAAUAUCAAGGGGCAUAAUUUCGUAAUUCAGAAAAAGAGGGAAAUAGCUGGAAGUCAGUGGGAAGGAAAUGAUCACUUGGAUAGCCAGAUAAGGCAGACCGUAAUGGAGGCCUCGCCCUGUGAUGAAGGAAGCCGUAACUUGAAUCAAUGCUCCAUCCAAGAAGGGAUUGAGAGUAUUUUUGAUGUCCUUGAGACUCCAAGAAUGUCAGUGGUGGAAAAGAACCACAGAUCUGCCUAUUGUAGGAAAAGCAAAGAUUAUAGAACACAGGUGAUUAUGCCGAAGAGGAUCCACACUGGGAGUGGUUGGCACAGGAAAUCUUCGGACUUCUGUUUGGAGGAAGGGAGAAUUAUCAAGAAUGUUUGUACUACCUGUCUUGUAGGAGUAGCUGCACACCCACUAUUCACAGACACAUGGAGUUUAUCCCCUUCACCUACCUCCACAUAAAACAGGAGUCCUGAAACUUUUUAAACGGGGCCAAUUCACGGUCCCUCAGACUGUUGGGGGCUGGACCAGCUGGGUGGGCAUGGCUUCUUGUCAUGUGACUGGGUGGGCGUGGCCAAUUUAGCAGUCCAUUAAACAAUAC